AUGGUUGGAAUUGUCACGAGGAAAGACAUCCGGAAACUGUCUACGCCUGAGCUUGACAACCUGGUCAAAGCUUUUGCAGCGAUCCAGAAGCUCGACCCAGACAAUCCUGACUCUUUCUUCAGCAUCGCUGGCCUCCAUGGCGAGCCGUUCCGAGGAGCAGGCUAUGGGAAUCCGUCAUGGUGGGGAGGUUACUGCAAUCAUGGCAAUGUCCUUUUCCCGACAUGGCACCGUGCUUACCUCUUCAGGCUCGAGCAGGCUCUCCAGAAACAGGUGCCCGGCGUGGCUCUACCAUAUUGGGAUGAGACAGAGGACACAACCAACAGGCUAGAUAUCAUCCCUGCUAUCUUUCUGCAGAGAUGGUACACCUUCGAUGACAAAGACAAGACUAGAAUAGCCAAUCCUUUAUUCUCGUACAAAUUUCAGCGCAGCGUCGUUGACAGGCUGGCGCCGAUUCCAGAUGCCAACUAUACUAAGCCAAAAGACUACCAAACGGUGCGCUACCCCUUCUCGGGGCUCGUGGGCCCGAAAGACAAGGAGAGGACCCGGAUCCACAACGAAAGACUGGAUAAGAUGGGAGAGGUCGAGACGAACAAAAUUCUGAACGACAACGUCAAAAUGUGGCUCAACCUCGACCAUUACGAGUCCAGCGACGGGGACCUUUAUCCUGCAGGAGUCAAGAAUAAGUACGCCGACUGCCUUAACGCGCCCAACUACACCGUCUUCUCAAACACUACCUCUGCUCAGCGUUGGAACGACGACCACUCCGAUGCGACCGGCAAAGUCACUAUCGUGCCCCUCGAGAGCCCUCACAACUCGAUCCAUUUGGCCCUUGGAGGGUUCAACGUGCCCAAACCCGGGCAGGACAACUACAGCAACUACCCCUACGCCAACGGCGACAUGGGUGAAAACGACACCGCCAGUUUCGACCCAAUUUUCUACUUCCACCACUGCUUCAUCGACCUGACUUUCUGGAAAUGGCAAGUCUUGAACCGCAAGACAGAAUCUUUGGACAUCAUCGAGGGCUACCCUGGAACCAACUCCGUUGACAGCCAGGGACCCACCCCGGGCGUGGCCGGCGGCACGUGGCUUACCAUGGAUAGCCCUCUUGACCCCUUCAAGAGGCCUGGCAACGCCGGUAUCACAUUGACGUCGAACGACGUCGUCGAUAUCGCCAAGCUUGGUUACGCUUAUGACGGGGUCCCGCGCGAUGGAGGCCGCCACCACGGGUUCGAGUCUGCCCCUCCUUCAAGGGACCCGGCACCCGUGGUCACCGUCAGUAAUAUCAACCGCGCCAGCAUCGGCGGCUCCUUUUUAAUCUCAACAUGGGCUCGCAAAGACGGCAAGGAGAUUCUCGUGGGCACGGAGCCGAUCCUGAGUAGGUGGCACGUGUCAGGAUGCCAGAAUUGCCAAUCUCAUCUCGAGGUGAGAGCGCACCUGCCACUCCAGGGCUGGGGCAAAGAAGAUGUGGAGAAAGCCGAAAAGAUUUUCGCCAGAGUUCAUACCCGUAACGACACCGGGGACGACGUCAGCAACGGGCAUGAGCGGGAGGGAGAAGCGGACCGUGGGCCGGUGUGCGAGAUCUCUUACGGUCACCUUUCGUGA